AGAAGAAAAGAGGCUGAGAAAGUAGCAGGUAAGUGAACACCGCACCGCACCGCAUUGUUUGCAGUCCAAUGCAACGACCAGAUGAGGAAGAAACGCUGUCACCGCUUCCAAGAGAAAAAGAUUGAUGGAAAGGCAGAGGAUUCAAGAAAUGAGAACCGACCUCCAUUGAUGGCUCUGAACCACGUUUCAAGGCUGUGUAGAAAUGUGAAGGAAUCCAUAGAUUUCUACACAAAGGUGCUGGGAUUUGUUCAGACCGAGAGACCCCAAGCUUUGGACUUCGAGGGUGCAUGGUUGUUCAACUAUGGAGUCGGUAUCCACUUGGUGCAGUCCAAAGAAGAAGAUCAGAGAUUGCCUUCCGAUGCUCAGCACUUAGAUCCCCAGGACAACCAUAUAUCUUUUCAGUGUGAAGAUCUGGAAGCAAUGGAGAAGAAGUUGAAGGAGAUGAAUGUGAAGUUCAUGAAAAGGAGUCUGGAGGAAGAAGAUGGAACGAAAAUGGACCAAAUAUUCUUCAACGACCCAGAUGGAUUCAUGGUAGAGAUAUGCAACUGCGAGAAUCUGAAACUCGUACCUGUUGAGUCACUCAGCAAGAUCAAGAUCCCGAUGGAUCGCCACACGCCACCCAUGGAGACAAAUCAGACAUAGUCAAACUUUGCUUUUUCAAAUGCUUCUUCAUCUUGCUUCGUUAGCUUUCAUGCUGAGUUUAUCAGUCUCGUACACAACUAAUCUUAAGUUUUAACUUCUGCUAACUUCUGCUAUAUAAAUCUAUUCUC